GAGGUCAACUUUACAGACAGAAAGAGGGUAUAGCAAUGGGCUCACCAGUUUCUCCGAUUGUAGCGAAUUUAUUCAUGCAUUCCCUAGAAACUAGUGCAAUCGCAAAGAGUUUAUGUCCACCAAAGUUAUGGUUAAGGUAUGUAGACGAUAUUUUUAUUAUCAAUAAACGGGAUGGUAUGGAAGAACUAUUUAACAAUGCAAACAGCAUUUCUGAAAACAUUAAACUAACUAAGGAAUUAGAAUCAGUUGACCACAAACUAGCAUUUCUAGAUUGUCUGGUUGAACGUCGACACAAUAAUAAGAAGUUAAAAAUAAAUGUUUACAGAAAAUCAACGCAUUCCGAGAGAUACUUGGAUUUUAAUUCAGCCCAUUCACAGAGCACGAAAAUUAAUGUGGUAAAAAAUCUAAUGAACAGAAGUACUAAGAUUGUUACAGACAAGGAAGACCAACGAACCGAAUUAAAUAAAGUAUUUUCUACUCUUAGGGAUAACAACUACCCAAAAAGGUUUUUAAAAAAGAUUAUUAAAAAUGAAAGAAAAACUAAACUAGAAAGUAUACGAAAAGAAUGGAAGUACACCGUAGUCAUACCUUACCGGAGUGAAACAUCAGAAGAAAUCAAACGGAUUCUAAACAAACAUGAUAUAAGAGUGUAUUUUAGAGCAAAUAACACAUUAAGAUCGACAUUGGUGAAAGUUAAGGACAAGUUAGCAAAGGAAGAACAACAGAACAUUGUGUAUGAGAUUCACUGUCAUGACUGUAAUGCUACCUAUGUUGGAGAAACAUCCAGGCAAUUAAAUGUAAGAUUGAAGGAACACAAACAAUGCUUGAAAAAUGUUCCAAAAUCCUCGGUAGAUUUAAAGAAACUUGAAAAUAAGUCAGCGAUAGCGUUACAUGCGUUAGAAACAGGACACAAGAUUAAUUUUGAAGGGACCAAAAUACUUCAGAAAGGUUUUAACACCCAUAAAGAAAGAUUGACAGCAGAAGCUCUGCAUAUAUGGGCGAACAAGAACAGCCUGAACCGAAAAGAUGGUAUUCAAAUGGCAACUACCUGGCAAAUUUCGUUUGACAAGUAAAUUUGGAACCUAUCUCUUGUUUAAACCUGUUUUUAAUAUCACAUGCAUCGUUAUUAUUAUUGAAAGAACUGAAUGAGUUUUUAAACAAUACAAUUUAUGUUUUGACAUGCACAUCGAUCUUUCAUUAUCAAGUUUUCAUCCUUGAACUUGAACUUUAUUUAUUCCUUCAUAUCAAUCUCUCACACAUACAUACAUACCUACACACUCACACACAUACGAUUUGUUACUCAGUUAAGUAUUUCCAUGUAGUUGAAUUCAUCACAUGAUUUGUAGUUAACUGACUCAUUUUAUCCUAUUUUACAAAAAAUCAACAUCCAAAUAUGAUUGGUUUAAC